GUCAUCUUCCCUCUUGGUGAACUGCAUUCUUGGUGAACUGCAUCAUUACCCACAGAAAGAAGUCUAGUGAACGGUUUUCAUCGUACAAUCACCUCGAUUUAUUGAAGGCGAGGAUUCCAGGAUUUCCGCAGAUGCUAUCGAGCUUUGGAAGAAUGCUAUUCUUCUCACUGUUUCAACAAUAUUGAAUUUGAAGUGUCGGCGGUUCUGCUCUUAGGACUAUUCGCGAUGGCUGCCAACUACUGGGAGGUAUGCUACACAACAAGGCCCCAUCCUUUGAUUAAAAGUUAAUUCAUUAUCUAGUCAACUCAACGGAAACACUGGCAGUUCACCCGGGAGCAACUGGAUGAUUUAAGAUCCAAGCUUGAAGAUGAAGAUCCAGCCCUCGUACAAGGAUACCCUCUGCCACAGCUGAGGCAUCUGAGCAUAUAUUUCAAUCAACGUAUGAAGCAGGGCAUACAAAGCCUUAAAGGAUCAGACGGUUGAUACUUAACACAGAAAUGACUCGACUUGGAAAACGACUCGGGGUGCGACAACAAGCAAUGGCCACAGCACAAUUAUACAUCCGCCGAUUUUACUCAAAGGUCGAAAUUCGGAAAACGAAUCCAUAUUUGGUUCUAGCAACAGCAGUAUAUUUGGCCUCCAAGAUGGAAGAAUCCCCGCAUCAUAUCAGACUCGUGGUUAGUGAAGGUAGAGGAUUAUGGCCUGGUAUGUUCUCCGUUACCUUCAGUGGACAUUGCCAUCACCGAAGAUUCGCUGAUGAUAAUAGAAUAUUUCAGCAAUGAUACUUCGAGGCUCGGAGAAUGUGAGUUCUUUCUCAUCUCCGAAAUGAGUUCACAAAUGAUCGUUCAUCAUCCCUACAGGAGUUUAACUGCUCUUCAAGGGAUUUUCUCUCUAUCAGCAGAAGAAUCCAAUCUCGCUUGGUCGAUUGUAAAUGACCAUUACAUGACCGAUUUACCGCUUUUUUAUGCACCCCAUACUAUUGCCAUCAUGGCCAUUCUUCUAGCUCUUGUACUUCGACCGAAUGCGACUGGAAUUCAAUCUGCUAGUAGUUCUUCAGCUACGAACAUUGCGAGUGCCGCGCAAGCUGCAUUAGCGGCCGCUGGUCAAGCGAAGAGCGGGGCCCCUGAUAAACAAGGGGGGAGAACGAAAGUACAAAGAUUAGCAACUUGGCUUGCAGAAAGUACUAUUGACAUCGAGUCAAUCGUCGAUUGCACGCAAGAAAUGAUAUCAUUCUAUGAGGCGCAAGAGCAAUAUAAUGAAAAGCUUACUAGGGAACAGAUUAAUCGAUUUAUCAAAGCUCGAGGUUUGGAUAAAUGAACCCAGCGCCUGAAAAGACAAUAAGAAAGAAUCCAAGUGGUGAAGCAAACUAGUGACAUGUUUCACAAAUAUCCGAGUUGAAGGGAUUUGGGAAGGGAACGAGAAUAGAUAAAGGCUCACACCUUCACACCUGUCAUAUCAUGGAGCUUCUCGGAUAUUGGAGGAGGGAAAGAUGAACUCCCAUUUUACUGGCAAAUUGGAUACGGACGGAUGUUAACCUUCCACCACAAGAACUAUACAAACCUCAUUGAAGGGGUCAUGUGUGAUAAACAUGGAGACCAGCAGUUUGGCCAAAUUCAGCUACUUUAUAUGGCUAGGCAGAUUGAUUAAGUCUAUCAACAAAGUUGAUCUAAAAUUUUGCAUCGCUUCAUACUCGCAGCUCCUCAAGCAAAAUUCGAAACUUCACUCUACAUCCCACUAGGCCAGUACAAUCGCUAGAUAUAUCUCAAUUAGUUAAUCUCAAGGAUAGAUCUACAUGUCGUUAGGUUCUGACAUAGCAUAACAUACUCUUCUCAUGUUCGACACGUGUCUCUGCUUUUCGAUAGCAAAUAAUGUUCUACGUGGAUUGGAUUUUGGAAUUUUUGAAGUCAUUCAAAAUGGGUUUUGUGUGACGUGGCGGGGAUGCUAGGUGAUUGGCCUAGAGGAGGCAGCGGGGACAAUAAAAUACAAGAUCUUGGUGGACAAUUUUGCAAAGUAUUCGAAAAGUUUCUGGUCUUGUUUGUUGGAGAAUGAGGUUGCCUUUUGAGUACGUAUCAUUAAGUAAGGAUUUGACUCGACGACAUCAUACCACGAACCUUCUCACUACGUCAAGACUCGUUACUCGUUUCCACCUACAGCUCCACGUUGAGACUCGCUCUUUCUGGCUCACUUGACCGCAGCAAUCUUUCUAGUUUCAUAUGUCUAUAGCAGAGAAAUAUCGAACAUCUUACCACUGGAAGGUCAACUACAUCUUCUAAAUCUAUCUCAUGGGUCGUCGAAUUUGUAGCUUUGUGUUUGGAACAUCAUACCACUAAUUUCACAGGCAGAGUUAUGACUGCAACAACCACUUGUAACACAGCAUCUGAUGUCUGUUCAUAUCAGAUGAAUAUUGUUUGCAGUGUAUGGAUACUGUAAUCACAAUCAUCUAGGCACCUUAAGAAGCGAGAAAUUCGCCACAAUCAAACCAAUCUAUCUUUCACCGCCCCC